AUGUCGGAGCUGGGCUUUGCCAGCAUUGCACCUUUCAUCCAGGCCAGCAGCCUCAAGCUGAAAAGAGCGCCGUCCGAUCAAGAUGGCGAGAUGCCGACGUCGCCGUUGGGUGAUGGGAUAUCUGAUCGCAUGCGCAGCUCUUCCAGCGGUUUCACUGCCCCUUCCAGCGGCGAGGUUCCCCCGGAGGUGGUCCCCCCAGUGGUGCGGCUGAGAGGGGGGUCCGAUGAGGCGGUUAGCAAGGCGUCAGGUGAGUGCGCUGAAUCGCACCCGGCGUGGGGCUCGCCCCUGGAGACGGGGCAGCUUGAUCCGGCGCGCGGGCAGCAGAUGCUGGAUGAGGUGGCGCGGCUGGCAGAGAACAACGCGGCGCUGCAGGACGAGGUGGAACGCCUCAAGACGGCCCUGGAGCCAAAAGAGGACGAGCUGGCCACGCUGCACGCUGUGAACGCUCGGCUGGCCGAGGAGAACGCAGAAUUAUCCGCUGCCGUGGAAGCCGCCGAACGCCGCGCGACGGACGCCGCCUCCUCCGCUGCCGACGAGCAGACCACCGCCACGCUCGCCGCAGCAGAGAUCACCGCGGCGCUGGCGGUUGCAGAGGAGGAGAUCCGCGCGCUGCGCGGCGACAAUGCCACGCUGGCAGGUGAGGUGGAGCAGAUGAACCGAGUGGCCAGCUACGUGGGCAGCCGAGUCGCCAAGGUGCUGGCGGGGGCACGGCGCGCGAACAACUACAAUGCGGCCCUUGUCGGGGAGUUGAAGCGAUGGAACAAGCGGCUUGAGGGGGAGAACACGCGGCUGUAUGCGGUGAUAGAUCGGCUGAACCUGCGCGGCAGCGACGCCUGCUCUGACACCUGCAGCCAGCUGUCAGACCCGCCGUCCGUAUACGGACACCGCGAGGACCAGGCGCGAGGCGACAGCGCGGUGCUUGUGCGGCGGCUGGAGGAGCAGAUAAAGAGCCUGCAGCGCGAAAUCAACCUCCCGCAGGAUGGCCUCGCGCAGCUGUCACCACCCAAGGACGCCUCUUCGCCCUCGCCGAGCAGCAGCAGCGAGGGCAGCAUGGCGGUCGUGCCCAAGGGGCAGGCGACUAUUGCGCGGCUGGGAAGCCCUAGGGUUGUCGCUAAUCUGGGGGAGAUACAGGCGGCCAACAGCAAAAUGGCCGAGGAGCUGGAGAAGGUCAAUUCCGACCUGGCGCAAGCCCUCAAGGGUCUCCAAGAGGCGGAGGAGGCUCGAGAGAAGGCGGCUGCAGCUGCGGCGGAGGCGGCAGCACUGGCGGGGCAGGCAAAGGCGCUUGGGAGAGAGGCCAAGAUUGGGCGCGAGCUCAGGGAUGAGAACUACCGCCUCGAGGAAGCCUUACAAAAGACGCAGCGCCAGGUGGCGGAGCUGGAGGAGGAGAUUGAGGGCCUCGAGGAGGAGCUCGAGCGCCAAUCGGCCGCCGCCGCCGAGGCCGACAAAGCGCGCGCGUCGCUCGGAGCCCUCAAUGCCGAAGCCGAGACACUGCGACAGCAGGCCGACAAAGCGCGCGCGUCGCUCGGAGCCCUCACUGCCGAAGCCGAGACAAUGCGGCAGCAGGCCGACAAAGCGCGCAAGUCACUCGGGGCGCUGACCGACAAAGCCAAGACAAUGCGGCAGCAGCUGGCGGCCAGCAAGGCGGAGCUUGGGGAGCUCAGGACUGCCAAGGCGGCGCUGGCUCAGCAGCUGGAGGCGCUGGGUGCGGAGAACAAGCGGCUGCUCCAGCGCAGCGCGCUCGCCUACAGCCUAGCAGCCGAGGCAGACGCGCUGCGGCAGCAGGUGGCGGAGGUUACGGAGCUGCGAGGCACGACGACUCGACAGGACGGUGAAGUUCGGCAGCUGCGCGCACAAAACCAGGAACUCGGCCAAAAGGCGGCGCUCGUUGCAGUGCUCACAGCCGAAGCUGCCGCUCUCAAAGCGCAGAUUGAGGCGAAGGAAUCGCUGGUCAAGGAGCAGGCGGGCCGCCUGGCUGAGCUGGAGGGCUUACGGGCCGAGGCAAUGGCGUUACGGAACAGCUUGGCCGCCGCGCGGGCCGAGGCGCUCGGGCAUGAACAGCGCGCGGCUGUUGUGCCAGGGCUGGCUGCAGAGCUUACAGCGCUGAAAACCCAGGUGGCGGACAUGGAUGCUCUGCGCAGCCGGCAGGGAGAGUCAAAUCACCUCAUCACCGUACUGCGGGAGGAGAUCCAGAUGCAUCGCGAGCAGGUGGAUGCGCUGAAGGGGGAGAACCGUGAGAUGGGCGCCAGCUCAGCGAUGGCCUCCAGCAAGGCGGCCGAAGCGGAGGCCAAAUUAGGCGAUGCCGAAACCACCAUUGUCACCCUAAGGGAGGAGAUCAAGUCACAGCGGGAACAGCUGGAUGCACUGAAAAAGGAGAAUCGGGAGCUGCACGCCGGCGCGGCGGCGGCCGCUACGGCUGCGACGGAAGCUGCCGCGAAGGUUGCGGACCUGGGAAGCCGCCUGGAAGCCGCCGAGAAGGGGGCGGCGAAGCUGCAGCAGCAGGUGAAGAAGCUGGAGCGGGAGAAUUCUGCCCUGCCGACGAGCGAAGCCCUGGCUGAGCUCCAAGGCAAGGCCGCUGAGCUGGAGGGCCAGGUCAGAGCGGAGCGCAAAGCGCAGCGUGAUCUAAAACUCGUGCUUGCAGCUGCCGAGCGGCAAUCACAAUCGGACUCCACUGAGAAGACCGACCUUGCUUCCAAGCUGGCGGCGGUGGAGAAGGAGUGCGAGGAGGAGCGGGAGCGUUUCAGGGACUUGGAGGAACGGCUGUUGAGAACGGAGCAGUUCGCGGACCAGACUCUAUCCGCGCAGAACCGGCUCGAGGCAGAGACAACACGGCUGCAGGAGGAUCUGGCGGGGGAGAAAACGGCAAAGGGGGAGAUACAGGAGCAGCUGGCAGCGGCUGUGCAGCGCGAGCGGGCAGCCGCCAAGAAGCUGGAGGAAGCUGCAGCGGAAGCCGAGAGCGCCCGGGGCCGGCUUGUCAAGGCCGACUCGGCGCUACAGGCGGAGCGCGCACACCACGACAAGCUGGCCAUUUCCAAGAAGGGCCUGGAAGACAGGCACGCCUCAAAGACGGAGCUGUGCAGGAAGCUGGAGGAACGCGCCAACGCCAAGGCGGCAGCUGCCAAGCAGCUGACGCAGCAGCUGCAGAUUGCCACCCACGAGCGGACCAGCUUGGCUACCCAACUGGCAGCUCUGCAGGAAUCUCACGCUGAGGAGGCGAAGAACAGCCGCCGCGAAGCCGCCACGCUGGCGGCAGAGGCAGAGAAGCUACGCGGGGAGCUAGAGCGCGCACAGGCGGCUUCUCGGCAGCUGGCGGCGGGCGGCCAGGCGGAAGCCGUGCGGACAAUCGGGAAGCUGGAGCGGCUCGAACGAGAACUGGCGGCUGCGCGAUCCGCGCAUGGCCGCGCCGUCGAGGCCGGCAAUAAGGCUGUCAAGGAGACGAGGCAGGCGCAUGGGGAAGAUGCAGAGAAGCUGCGGGCGGAGGUACGCACAGCCGUGGCAGCCAGGGAGAAGGCGGAAGCUGCGCUGAAGUCGCGGCUGGCCGCCAGCGAAGAGGCUGUGACCGAGCUGAAGGCUGAUCUGGCAAAGGCAGAGGCGGCGCUGAAGAUUGAGAAGCUGGCAAAGGCAGACAUGGAACGCCGCGUGGCCGUGGCAGAGGCGCGCAUCGCGAAAGCUGCCAGGAAGCUGGCGGCGCUCGAGGGGAAGCCGCCCGGAAGCGACCGCGACGCCAAGCCUUGGCCGCCGUCGCCGCCGGCGGUGACUCAGCCGGCGGUGAGUCAGCAAGCGGCGCCGCAGCUGCCCAGAGAGCUGCCCGAGGUGGCCGAGCCGGGCAGCUCGCUGUGGGUGACGCUGCCCAGCCCCAGGACCUUUGGGCAGCCCGAAGAACCCCCGAAGCUGCCCACGCCAGAGAAAGCAGCUGCUCCGCCUCGGAAAGCGUCUCCCAGCAAACCCUCCGGCGUGCUCUUCGUUGACCCCAAAUCCCCCAAAUCCCAGCCCCAGGCAAAGAAGGGUGGAGGGAUCAUCAGUCCGCUGCUGUUCUGGCGGCGCUCCUCGGCAUCGGAGCCAGAAGAGGCGUCGGAUGAGUCAUCCUAUCAAGAGCCAGAUGAGUCAGCAUUACACGAGCCGGUGGGAGGGAACGCGCAUGAAGGCGUCCUUGAUGAUGUGGACGACCUCAUGGCCAAGCUGGCAGAGCAGCAGGUGCACAACGCCUUUGAGCAGCAUGUGGCGACCACUGAUGUGGAGGGAUUCAUGCGUGCUCUCGGCUUUGAACACUGGAAUGAGUCAUCCAAGGACCCCGGGGAUGUAUUUGGGCAGGCCAUCAUUGCCACAUCAGCAUCGGAGCACGCUGGCAAGUCCACAUGGGACCGCGAGCUGGCGGCAGCUGCGCACCAGCUGCUCAUCGAGUGGCAGCAGGAGCUGGACGAGGAUGACUCAUGA